CCGUUUAAUAUUUAUAGCAGGAUAUUUACAUUACUUUGUAUGAGAGUCAUGUGAUUUAUUACUCUGACUUGUUGGACGAGAAUAUAAAGAGCACCAUUGUUAAUGACCACGGUAAACAGUACGCCUUGCGGUCAACUUUACCGACAAUGGAUUAUGUUGGCAUACUUAUAAUAAUUGUCACGUUAUUUGCUGGAGGUAAAUGUGGGAUUAAUAACGGACUACAUCCACGUGUGUCGGCCGGAAACCUGCUGCAAACUGAAAAAAUUUCCACAUUUCUACGAACAUGUCGGGCCACGGAGCGGGACGUGGGUCCGUGCCCAUGUGUGUCGGGUUUAGCCGUGUGUCGAGUGACCAAGUGCUGCCGGACGAGAUUUGAUAUAUUGCAAGUGCCAGAGAGGAUCACCUUUCCGCCAAUCAGGUUUGAUCCCCGACCCGAUCCCGACCCCUUUGAACGAAUACGCGAGAUUGGACGGCAGCUUCCUGGCGUCGGACGCUAAAGUCGGUCCUUUGGGGGCAUUGUCGCACAAAAUCGGAUGCAGCGCUUCAAUAGUGGACAAUUAUCGUUUACUAAACAUGUACACGUGAACGACUAUUAAAAUAUUAUAAGUUAAUUGUGUGCAUCAUUUUUGUAAGUGUAAUACCGUUAUAUAUACGUUUUCGCUAGCACUUUUAUGCAAACUAUAAUAGUAUAUUUGUUUUCAUAGUGUAUUUUAACUGUGAUAUAUUUCAGUUUUUGUUGUAUCAGCUACAUAAAUAUUUACCGUUAAAGUAAAACCAUGCUUUGAAAUUGUGUUAUUUUUUUAUUUAUGUGCAUCAUACACCUUGUUUUAGUUCUCAUGUUAACAUCGCAGAUUUUUCAAUAUCUAAUUUACCGCCAUGCAAAUUACAACUUUUUGCUUUGCAUUGU